GGAUUUCUGCUCUUGCUUCUCCCCCUGCUAGAUUCUGGAAUCACAUUUGCUUCGGCUUGGCUAGGGUAACCUGAUUCUUUCCUCCUAGCCUCUUCAUUCAAAAGACUAGCCUUGACCAUCUCCAUAGUCAUCUUGCCAUCCGGAGCAGAGUUGCUAAGUGAAACCACCAAUGUAUCCCAACUGUCGGGCAAUGAGGAAAGCAACAACAAAGCUUGAAGUUCAUCCUCCAACUUCAUCUUCAUUCCGGCUAGUUGGUUUACCACACCUUGAAACUCGUUCAUGUGAACUACAAUGCUAUCACCAUCUUUGUAUUGCAAUUUAACAAGCUUCCUAAUCAAAGAAGCUUUUCCCAUAGCAUUGUUCCUCUCGUACAUGGAUUCAUGUUUCUUCCACAUCUCAAAAGCAUUGGUUUCAUUAGCAACAUGUUGCAACACACUUAAAGAAACAUAUUGUCGGAUUGAUGCAAUAGCUUUCCGGUUCAAGGUAGUCCAAGCUUUCUCAUCAACACCUGUUGGACGUUCUUUAUACAAAAUUGGGUCAAGCAAAUCUUUAGAGCAUAAAUAAUCCUCAAUACGAAUUUUACAAAUUGAAUAAUUCGUAGAGUCCAAACUAACCAUUCCUUGAACAAUUACUUUGUCAUCCAUCAUAAACAACACAAGAAGCCAACCAAAAAUAAUCAAGCUCUGAUACCACUUUGUUGGGGAAGCACGGAACAAAAACACAACGGAAGCGUAUAAAAUCUUUUCCCCAAACUAAUGAGAUGAAUAACAAGCACAAUAAACUCUGAAAAAUCAGCAGCACACACACAAAUAAAUGGCAGCGAUAAUAAAGUAGAUGACAAACGAUUUACGUGGAAACCCCAAAUCGGAGAGAAAACCACGGCCGCUCAACAACGGCUCCCAAACAUCCACUAAUCACCAAGAAUCAAGUGGGUACAACAAGUUCUCCUCUCUAGUAAACACUAGAGGCAUACACAAUCAUCAAGGAGCAACCUUGGAACAACAACAAUCAACAAUUCACCAUAAAAUGGAGUAAAAACUCCCAAAAACG